AUGUCCUAUGACUGCUAUGUGGCCAUCUGUAAGCCCCUGCAUUACAUGACCAUCAUGAACAGCAGAGUCUGCACUACACUUGUUCUCUGCUGUUGGAUUGCAGGCCUGUUAAUCAUCCUCCCACCCCUUGGCUUGGGCCUCCAGCUGGAAUUCUGUGACUCAAAUGUGAUUGAUCAUUUCAGCUGUGAUGCAUCUCCUAUUUUACUGAUAACCUGCUCAGACACAGCAUUAAUAGAGAAAAUUGUCUUGAGUUUCGCUGUGCUGGCACUCAUUAUUACCUUGGCAUUUGUAGUCCUCUCCUACACAUACAUCAUCAAGACCAUUCUCAGAUUCCCUUCUGCCCAGCAAAGGAAAAAGGCCUUUUCCACCUGCUCCUCCCACAUGGUUGUGGUUUCCAUCACCUAUGGCAGCUGCAUCUUCAUCUACAUCAAGCCCUCGGCAAAGGAAGGAGUAGCUAUUAAUAAAGUGGUGCCUGUGCUCACUACAUCUGUUGCCCCUUUGCUUAAUCCAUUCAUUUAUACACUUCGAAAAAAAACAAGUGAAAAAUGCCUUCAAAGACACAGUAAAGCAGAUUGUAUUUCUCACAAAGAAGUAAGAGACUAUUCAUGUUUUUGA